CAGAGUUAUUCUAGAACCUAGAUGGUGACCAGCUACUCGAAGAAAGAGGUAGCUGCAGCUGGUAUCUUAGAAGGCUUUCCUCAUGAGGUGCAGCAGUACCAUGGAGGCUUUGGGAGAGGCGCUUUCCUGCCCAGUGUGCUUGGAGCUGUUCACUCCACCAGUGCUGGUCCUAACUUGUGCUCACAACUUCUGCAAGCAAUGCCUGGAAAAGAUCCUCAUCCGCCAAAACUGCAGUCAUGUUAAUGGCCAGUUCUGCUGUCCUAUGUGCAGGAAAGUCAUAUAUUUGAGGGGCAGAGGAAUAAUUGGAUUACCGAGAAAUAUUCUGGUUGAAAGUAUAUUGGAAAAAUUUAAGGAUGAACUUGAAAACAUUCGUGCCCAGGAGCAAAACCAGCUGUCCCAAAUAUGUGAAGAACAUGGGGAAAAUAUGAAUUUGAUGUGUCUGACUGAUGAUGAACCAAUUUGUGCAAUCUGCAAGAUCUUUGGAAACCACGAGCAUCACAGUGUUGCAAAAAUGUCUGAAGCUUACACAGCAAGAAAAAUGACUUUUAUUAAAGAUAUAGACUUGUUGCUUCAGAAAUCUGAAGGCACAGUACAAGCUAGGAAGGAAACAGAGAAGCUGAUCAAUGAACUCCUAUCCAGCACUACAGACACCAAGGUGAUGAUUGACACAGUUGGGAUCAGUUUACUUAAAGGGAUAAGGUGCAGAAUUGCAGAACUGAAGACAAAAUUACAUAAGGACUAUUCAACAAAAUUAGAAAAACUGCACCUAGUAGAGAGUGAAACUGAAGCCCCCAGGCAGCUUUAUCAGCAAAUGAAAACUCUUUUGGAACAACAUUCAAAUUCAGUACAAUUUCUUCAAGAGGAUAAAAAACUCAGGAGCAAGAUGGAAAAACUUAUAGAAGGAAGGUCAUUGUAUCAGGAUCCAUCAAAGUAUAAAAUUUCUGUGCGACGAUAUUUUGAAGAAUUGAUCAGAGGAAUCAACAUCAAGGAUUAUAUCUCUACUACAUCAGAUGACAUGCUUGCAACUACUAGUGACCUGUAUGAAGCACGCAGGCCAGAAUGCCCUGCUUUUGCUUUUUCAGGUGAAAGUCCUGAUCAGUCCUUCUGCAAAAGAGUAUUAGGCUUAUUUGAGAAAUCAGGUAGCAAGGAGCAAGAUCUUUUCACAAAAGCAUCUUGCCCUGACUGUAGCAGUACACCAGGUACAAGCAUUGAUUCUUCAUUCUUGAAAGAUUAGUCAAAAAUGUAAAAUAUUUAAAAAAUUGAUCACCUGCAAUUUACUUGUUGGAAUUUGCCAAUCAUAUAUGCUGCCUAUGUUUCCUACAAACCAAAAAAUAAAAUAGUGGUAAAUGUAAACAGGUUGAAUUGACACAUACCCUCUUGUGUGCCUUACUGCCUCAUUAUUAUUUCACAGAACAACGUUGUUUGGAAGGCAAUGGUAGGAAAGCAACCUAAAAGAAGGUGGAAUAAGUUACAAGAAGAGUAAUUUAGAAAAAUUAAGCAAAAGAAACAGAUUCUGUGCAGCAAACUGUAGUGUGUAUAACAUUUCUCACUAUGGCCUGAUUUUUGUAAGUGCUGAGCAACCACAACUCAAGCUGCAAACAAUGGGAACUGCAGAUACUCAGAAAAAAACAGAAGUUUAAUGCUUAUGUUUGAGUCCUAGGAAACUUAUUCUAACUAGCCAUAUUUGGCCAAGCACAAUGAAUUCCUCAUAAAUUUACCUAUUCAUGCAAAUGAAUGUGUUCCAUGAAGGAAGUGUCAACAUUAUUUCAAAUGUAUGCCUCAGAAAAGAAAGAAAGAGACUAGCCUACUGUAUAUAUGGCAGUCUGCAGUGUGUAUUUCUCUCUGAUCGUCCUUUUCCACUGCUGGAGCAUACAAGAGCCACACGUAUAUGAACAUGUGUGCUUUUACAUUUAAUUUGCCGAGUACAAUGUCCAC